AUGGCGCUGGGGCUCCUGAGCGCAGCGCCGUUGUUUCUGGCGAGCGCUCUCAUAUGCUCAGAACACUACUCGCUCUUCUCUGAAAGGAGUAGGCGCGGCUCCUCGCGGGAACAGGCUGGCAGUCUGGGGUGGCCUGAGGCCGUGACUAGGAGGCCCAGAGGUCAGAAGGCGCGCGAGGCCCGGGAACAAGAUUGUGGAAUAGCACCACUUAUGCGUAUGUUCAAGGGGUCUCGGAUUGUAGGGGGCAGAGAGGCUCAAACUGGCGCAUGGCCAUGGCUAGUUAGCCUACAGAUUCAUUCCGGCAGAUCUGGUGCUCAUGUAUGUGCGGGAAGCUUAGUGAAAAAUAGAUGGGUCCUCACGGCUGCCCACUGCACUAAGGAUGCUACAAAUCCUGUAAUGUGGAGAGCUGUGAUUGGAACUAAUAAUAUAAGAGGGAGAGAGCCACACAGCAAGAAGAUCCAAGUUAAUGCAGUCAUUAUCCACCCAGACUUCAACGUGGAGUCUUACAAUAACGAUAUUGCACUUUUUCACUUAAAAAAAGCAGUGCGUUAUAAUAAUUACAUUCAGCCUAUUUGUCUACCUUUUGGUGUUUUCCAAAGACUAAACAGAAACACAACAUGUUUUAUAAGUGGCUGGGGAAGAACAAAAGAAGAAGGUAAUGUUACCAAAGAGUUACAUGAAGCAGAAGUGCAUUAUAUUUCUCGAAGUUUCUGUAAUUCUGAGAGGAGCUAUGGGGGUAUAGUUCCUAACACUUCAUUUUGUGCAGGUGAUGAAGAUGGAAUUUUUGAUUCUUGCAGGGGUGAUAGUGGUGGACCAUUAAUGUGCUACCUACCAGAACGUAAACGAUAUUUUGUAAUGGGAAUUACCAGUUACGGAUAUGGCUGUGGUCGAAAAAAUUUUCCUGGUGUCUAUAGCGCACCAUCCUUCAACCAAAAGUGGCUGACAGAGCAACUCUACCAGUCAAGCAAUAAAGGCACAUUUAACAUAAAUAUUCUACUUGGACAGGUCCUUAUAGCCUUAGGUUCUGCUGUCUUACUUGCAACUCCAUAA